GCCCACCAUGUAUUCCUUGGCAGUGCUCCGCGAGUGAUCAGCCGGUGUCCUCGCUUCUCUCCUCGCCACUUCCCCUAUUCGGUCAGGCACAUCUCCCCACCCCCCAACAAUCAUCGAGGAAGAAGAGGGAGGGACGACGAUGUCGAUGCCGGAGGCGGGGCGCUCGGAGAGGGACGGGCGGGAGCAGGACGACGACUACGAGCAGCAGCAGGCCAGGGUGCUCAUGGCACUGAUGCAGGGCUUCUGCGCCGCACGCUACCGGAAGGCCGACAACAUCCCGUGCCCCAUCGUCCAGGGGCUAUACUUGGGAUCUGUUGGGGCAGCAAUGAACAAGGAUGCUUUAAAGAGCUUGAACAUAACCCAUAUCUUGAUUGUUGCCAGAUCAUUAAAUCCAGCCUUUGCAGCUGAAUUUAACUACAAGAAGAUUGAAGUACUUGACAGCCCAGACAUUGAUUUGGCAAAGCAUUUUGAUGAAUGCUUUAGUUUCAUUGAUGAAUCUAUCAGCUCUGGUGGCAAUGUUCUGGUUCAUUGCUUUGCUGGACGGUCAAGAAGUGUCACGAUUAUUGUUGCAUAUCUGAUGAAGAAGCAUCAAAUGAGCCUUGAGAACGCGUUGUCGCUAGUUAGAAGCAAACGACCUCAAGUGGCUCCUAAUGAGGGAUUCAUGUCUCAGCUGGAGAACUUUGAGAAAUCCAUGCAAGUGGAGCAGGAGAGGAAACUUAUGCAACCUGUGCAGAACUAACUAUAGGCGUAAAUGCAUGUGUUGAGAAUACACUGCUAAUAGCUUGCGGAGCAGUCUAGAGAUCAAGGCCGUAGUGCAAAAUGUUAUGAAUUCUAGCUGCGGUAUUAUUAGCAGUCGUCUAAUUGAUGCUGUAAGCUUCAAGUGAAAUUGGUGGUCAAUGCAAUGAAAUACUCUGGGAUCCAGUUCUGUGAGGGUAACCAAUGGUUUUUGCCUUCUUUAAAAGUUCUGUCUUUGUAUCGA